AUGAUGCUGAUGAUGAUGGUGCUGGUGCUGAUUGAUAAAACCAGCGCCUGCUUCCAGCCAUCAAUCACCAUCUCUCAUCUCAAAGCAGACCCCCUACUCUCCCUGCAAUCUCCUUCUUCCUCUACAUCUCCCUUCACAGUCCUGCUGUUCGUACACCAUAAAACAUCAGGCCCUGGAACUAUCCAGAAGCGUGGUGGGUUUGAUAUGGGGCGCGCAGGCUCUGGGGACAGAGGGUUUCUCGGUGAUGAUCAGAUCCGAUUCGCAAGCCAUUGA